GCCUGCCCUCGGAUGCCCCACCGGCUCCUCCGCCUCGGACCCAGGGCCCCGGGGCCGGCCGCGUGGGAGCAGGGGAAGGAGCAGACUGUGCCCGAAGAGACAGGCCCCAGGCGGGACAGCCUUCCAGCAUCAGCAGCCUCGGCCCAGCCUUGGCCUCACGGCCUCCACACAGAAACGUCGACGGACCUGAGCAUAGGAAGGAAAUCUCAGAAGCGCUGCCGCUGGAGGCGAGGCCGCGGGGCUGGGCGGCUGGGCGGGCGGAGGCCCCCCCCCCAUUGCGGGCUGGGGUGUUUCCGGGAGUGGCUGCUGGCGUCACGAAGCCAAAGUUUCACUUUUGGGUCCCGGCGCCAGCUAAGCUUGCUUGCUCGGAGGCUCCCCAGCAGAGCAGCGCCGCCCUGGUCUUGGGGCGGACUUGCUUCCUGUCGUGGGCCUGGAGCGGGGGGUGACAGUCACGGAGCAAUGGGAUCUGCCUUUGAGGGAGUGAUCAAGAGCGUGAUCCGGGAGCUGGACCACAGAGGCAAGCUCAUCCCCGUGGACAGUCUGCGGAGCUCCACCAGCUUCCAGCCCUACUGCUUGCUGGCCAGGAAGCUCUCAAGACUGUGGUUCUGGAAACCACGCUACAAGUGCAUCAACCUGUCCAUCAGGGACAUUCUGGAGCCUAAUGACCCAGAACCAGCUGUGAAAUGUGACGGCCCCUUCCACGUGUGCGACUUCAUGGACGGGCAGCUGCAGGGCUCUGUGGAGCUGGCACCCCCAGGACAGGUGCAGCUGGCAGGGGAGGCGACAGUGGCUGACAACCUCAGCACCUCGAUGAACGUGUGUACGCUGCGAGUGGUCCCCAACACCUGGGACACCAUGCGCCAAGAGAGGCGCCUACGGCAGCCCCAGCACAAAGUCCUAGAACAGCUGCGGAACUGUGGCAACGACAUAUUCGUGGUGACAGAGGUGCUGCAGACACAGAAGGAGGUGACAGUCACCUGGAUCUAUAAGCAGGAGGGCUCCAGCCAGUUUUCCCUGCCUGGAGCCCUGUCCCUCCAGGGCCAGGGCCAUCUGAGGCGGAAGAAGACAGUCACCAUCCCCUCAGGCAGCAUCCUUGCGUUCGAGGUGGCCCAGCUGGUUAUCGGCCCUGACUGGGAUGUCCUCCUCUUCCCGAACAAGAAGCAGAGGACCUUCAAGCAGUCCAAGAAAGAUCACAAGCCCAUGAGCAGCGCAGGCUCCAAAAUACAGUCGGACGGGUUUGGCGAGGACUCAGUGGCAGUCACAGAAGACUUCCAGGGCCUGCUGGCAGAGGUGGGGACCCAGGCCGAGGGCCUGCGGGGCUUGUCCAGGGGCCUGUGCGACCAGCUGCUGGCAGGCCUGGUGCGGGUGCUGCAGGAGGAGCCAGCCCUGCAAACCCUGGAGGAGGCGCUGGAACAGGGCCUGUUCUGUGGGUGGGUGGCACCCCUGGAAGGUCCGGUGGGCGCCGUCCUCGAGUGCCUGGUGCAUACCUCCAGAACGCUAGAAGAGCAACUUGCCAGACCCGUUCUCUACCUGGUGGACUUGCUGACUGGGCUGAGUGAAACCCAGCUCAAGCUGCUCACAAAGGUCCUGGAGACAGGAGAGCUGUCCCGGCCCUUCAAGCUGGUGCAGAGCAUUUUGGAGCAGAGCACCCCCUGGCAGGAGCGCAGGGCUGUGUCCCUGCCACAGGGGCUCCUGGAGGGCAGCUGGGACGCAGAGGCACCUGCGUGGGUCUUGCUGGAGGAGUGCGGCCUCGAGCUGCAGGUGGACGACCCCCAGGUGUGCUGGGAGCCAGAGGCCCGGGACCACACAUGUACACUCUACGCCUGUCUGGCACUGCUGUUAUGCCUGAGCGAGGACCCCUGUUAGAGCUGACCGGCUCUGCCCGCCGGCAUGCUGGGCAGCUCUCCAGACGGCGUGGGACUCAUGCCCACCUGGCUGUCCGCACCGGGAAGGCUAGAGCCCCACCCAGCCAUGCGGCCAGUUCAUCCUGGGGUGGGGAGCUGGGGAAAGUCAGUAAAUGUGAUAUACAA